AUGAGUCACUGCACCUCAAUUGCAUCACUGGAAGAACAGGGCAGGCUGGUACAGAAGGCAGAGCUGGUACGGCUGUCCCAGACACUGAGCCUGGUGCCCCGGCUACAUUGGCUGCUGGUGGAGGACGCUGAGGGUCCCACCCCACUGGUCUCAGGGCUGCUGGCUGCCUCUGGCCUUCUCUUCGCACACCUGGUGGUCCUCACGCCCAAAGCCCAGCGGCUUCGGGAGGGCGAGCCUGGCUGGGUUCAUCCCCGUGGUGUAGAGCAGUGGAACAAGGCCCUGGACUGGCUCCGGGGCAGAGGGGGAGCUGUGGGUGGGGAGAAGGACCCACCACCACCAGGGGCCCAGGGAGUUGUGUACUUUGCUGAUGAUGACAACACCUACAGCCGGGAGCUGCUUGAGGAGAUGCGCUGGACCCGUGGUGUCUCAGUGUGGCCUGUGGGGCUGGUGGGUGGCCUGCGAUUCCAGGGCCCUCAGGUCCAGGAUGGCCGGGUUGUGGGCUUCCACACAGCAUGGGAGCCCAACAGGCCCUUCCCUGUGGAUAUGGCUGGAUUUGCUGUGGCUCUGCCCUUGCUGUUGGCUAAACCCAAUGCCCAGUUUGAUUCCACCGCUCCCUGGGGCCACCUGGAGAGCAGUCUUCUGAGCCACCUUGUGGAUCCCAAGGACCUGGAGCCACGGACUGCCAACUGCACUUGGGUACUGGUGUGGCAUACACGGACAGAGAAGCCCAAGAUGAAGCAGGAGGGGCAAUGCAGCAGCAGGGCCGGAGCUCAGACCCAGCAGUUGAGGUGUGAUGGCCCCACCCCAACUCCCACGUCUUUUCAGGCACAGACCUUGUGGGACUGGACCCUGGGCCUUCCCAGGAUGCGGCUUUCCAAGUCCUGACCCUUUCGAGCCAGAAGUGGCCCCUCUGCCCUUCCAGGCCCAUAGCAUGGCCCUGCUGCUUUGCCCCUCCCCCGGCCUGCCAUGUGGCACUGCCCACAGGCUGGGGACAAGCAGCCCUUGUAUUGAGCCAGCUCAGCCCUGUCUAAGGUGGAGUAGAAGGACAGACGGACUCAAGAGGGAGGGCACCUGAGUAACUGGGUAACUUAUUGGGGCUGGGCAUGCACUAGGGGGCUGGAGGAGCUGGGCUGGACCCUCCCCACCUGAGCAUGCUGAUCCCCUCCUACCUCCAGAAUAAAGAAUCUCAACCUGGAAAAAAAAAAAAAA